AUGCGCAUCCUUGUCAUCAACCCCAAUUCCUCCACCGCCAUGACCAACGGUAUGCUACUGGCUGCCAAAUCCACACCUAUAUCAAAUUCCGUAGAGGUAGUUCCCAUGACGGCCAGUUCCAAUGCCCCAGCCAGCAUUGAUGACAUGGAAGACAUCGAGAUAAGCACAAAGGUCAUCCUGACGGAGUUACCGGCUAUAGAUUUUUCCCGCGAUGGUUUUGAUGCUAUACUAGUUGCCUGCUUUAGCGUCCACAGCCUCGUCCCUGAACUGUCUGCCAGGUUCGAUGUCCCAGUGACGGGUAUAUUUGAGGCCAGUAUAUUGACCGCUCUGUCUCUGCUCAAGCCUGGUGAGCAAUGGGGCAUCGUAACAACGGGAAGCUUCUGGGAUAAGCAUCUUUCCGACGGAGUGUACGACUUUCUAGGCGUAGAUGCAGGUAGAAAUACCAAGUUUGCCGGUGUGGCCACGUCGGGCCUAACGGCAGGAGACUUCCAUUCAGUCUCACCAGAAGAUGUCAAGGCAAAAUUGAGUUUGGCCACAAAAGACCUGCUCAAGUCUGGGCACGUUGCCUGUGUUGUCUUGGGUUGCGGUGGUAUGGCCGGCCUAGAGGGUGUAAUCCGCUCCGCGGCCACAGAGGUCUAUGGCAGGAAGAGAGCAGACGAUUUGUACAUUGUGGAUGGCGUCAAGGCGGGCAUUAUGCAAUUGCAUCAGAGCAUAAAUGGUACAAGAACCUUUAAAUAG